AUGUCUCGCUACCUUGAUUGGCCCGACUACCUUGUGAUCGUUGCCCUUCUUGUGCUAUAUUUGUUUGUCGGUGUCUUUUAUGGUUUCAGAUCCCACUUCACGAAGCUAUGGCAUUGUAUUUGUCACUCCAGUACCAAGGAAAAAUCACCAGAGGAAAACCUCACGCCUGCCGAUGACAUUUUUUUGGGUAACCGAAAAAUAACACUCCUUCCCAUUGUUGCGAGCACAAUGGCCAGCUUUAUGUCAGCGGUUGCAAUUAUGGGGAACAACUCAGAAGCCUAUUGCUACGGAAUCGAAUUCGUGAUGCUCAUUCUGGGCUACUGCAUUGCUUUUCCCGUUGCUGCUGAAGUGUACACCCCAGUGUUCUACAAGUUGGGCGUCCUAAGUGCUCACGAGGUGGUAUAUAUUGCUGUGGUUCUCUACGCUCCAUCACUGGCUCUUAGUAGAGUGACCGGAUGGCCUGUUUAUUCGUCGAUAUUGAUUUCCGGAAUUCUUGGCACAUUCUACACUGCGCUGGGUGGAAUAAGAGCUGUGGUAUGGACUGACCUAAUCCAGACAAUUGUGAUGCUUGGCGGCUUCGUUCUGAUCUUGGUUUUCGGCUGUCAGCAAGUCGGUGGAAUCGAACGAAUCUGGGAAAUUGCUUCUCGUGAUCAGCGACUCAACGUUCUGGAGGCAAUCCACCUCCAGUUGCCGAUGAACGCGGUGUUCCUGUCCGUCCAAAUGCUCACCGGGCUGGUCACGUACGCGGUGUUCGUCGGCUGCGACCCCAAACUGAACGGCGAGAUCACCGACUACGACCAAAUCUUCCCGCAUCUCGUAAUGCGUCUCUUCAGCGACAUUCCCGUCCUUCGCGGACUCUUCCUCUCCACGGUCUUUGCAGCCGCACUGAGCACCCUCUCGUCGGGAGUCAAUGGAAUUGCCUGCGUGCUGGUUGAAGACGUCUUCAUGGACAUCUACCUGACUGUGUCGAAGGGCUCCAGGUUGCGCCGCAGCCGGCUCACAUUCAUCGCUCGCUUCAUUGCCAUCCUCUUCGGCCUGGUAAUCAUCGGUUUGGCUUUCCUGCUGCAAGUCGUUCCCGCGGGGGUUCUGAGGAUCUCGUUUUCCAUUUUCGGCGCUAUUGGCGGCCCGAUUUUAACCGUCUUCACUCUGGGGAUAAUCUUUCCCUUCAUCAACAAAUGGGGUGCAUUGUUUGGCUUUCUCGGGAGUUUGGUUGCCGGUCUCACGAUGAUCGUGGGUACGCUGUACUUCUACACCUUCCAGGAACACGUGCUGGCGCCCCUCACGAAUGCCACCUGUUCCAUUGUCAACUCCUCCGUGUCGACGUCUGCGCCGUCGUUGGUGACCGCGGUGACGCCUGCUCCACCACCAGAAUACGGAUUCUCCUUCUUCAACCUCUCUUACCUCUACCUGACGCCGUUCUGCCUUCUUGUCGGAUUAGUCAUUGCCGUGCCUAUCAGUCUUCUUACAGCCUUAGAGCUGACGGCCUUUUGA